GGGAGCUGUCCACAGCACAGAGUGCUGAAACUGCAGCAGCAGCCUAAACUGCCAGCACCUUGCCCAGUCCAUACCCCCCUUUUCUCCGCCAGCCCUUUGCUGCAACACCUGCACCCAAGAAGAAGGCCAAGUGGCGGCCAAGGGGAUCCAAGAGAGAUGUUCCCUUCCGACCUUCUCUAAAGAGAGGCAAAAAAAAAAAGAAGAGACAGAGCCGAGAGCCCCCCGUCUACAUUGCAAAGGAAGAAAUUCUUCCUCUUGCAUCCCAGGGAGGUAGCAACAGCAGCAGCAGCAGCAGCAAGCAGCGAGCUCAACCAACAGCAGGAUCCACACCGUCCUCAUCAUUGCCAGCUGGACCAGCGUGCUGAUAGGAGCCUUGCUGGGACUUACGGGAGGGGGAGAGAGAGAGAGAGAGAGAGAGAAAGACGCUGGAGCGUCUGGCUGGCUCGACCCAAGGGGGCUGCCCGCGUUCGGAGACGCCGGUAAGGCGAUGGUCGCGUGCCAUGCCAAGGCGAAGGAGCACAAACAGCAGCACAGGAAAGGCUCAUGAGCGUUCGGCGGGGAACGCCGGGCUCCUUUGGCAUCGAGGUGGGGUGAAGAAGGCGCAAGGUAGGCAGCCAGCUUGACUGCUCCCGAAAAAGAAGAAAUAGAAGAAGAACCAUCUUUAUUAUUAUUAUUAUUAUUAUUAUUUUUUAAACAUUUUUCUUUUUACCGGAAUUUUGGCUCCUGGUUGACGUUGUUGAAUGGAGGAGACGUGAGACGAAACCUCAUCCGAAUUUCCCACGGAGGUUGCAAUCUUUUUUGUCUUUUGGUUGAUGGCACACCCCUGACCCCCUUGGUUUUGGAAAUUUAUCCACGACAUGCAAAGAUCGCCCCCCGUUUUUUUUUUUUUUUUAAGGGAGGGACCGUUACAAAAAGAUUUUACGAUUAUUACCUAAAAUCGCCGGUAAUUUCCUUUUGAUAAGACGUUUUUAAUCUCCAGGCGUACUUUUUAUUGGGUUUGAAUAAGAGUUAAUGUUCUGUUUUAUACACUUAAUCCCACUUUGCCCCCUUUUUUCGGGAGUCGAAGCGUUAGGCCGCGUCGGUGGGGGGGCGGUCAAGGCCUACAGUGCACAAGUUUGAGGGAUAUUACAGGUGCUGAACCAGGGGCACUUUUUUUCCCCCCCUUAUCUUGUUUUUUUGGGAGUGAAAGGCCCUCACAUGUUCUUGAGAACCGUCUUGCUUUUAUGGUGCUGUGGAUUACUGAGUCCAAGACAGAUGUUGCGCCACCAGGGUCUCCUCAAGUGCCGAUGCCGCAUGCUUUUCAAUGACUUGAAGGUCCUCCUGCUCCGGCGCCCACCGCAGACGCCCAGUUUGCCCAUGAACAGCGCCGAUCCGGGUUUGGCAGCCAACAAUAACACGUUGACGGCCUUGGGGCGGGCUUGGAGGGUUCCGGGAGGCGGGGCGACUCCUGAGGAGGAUUGGUGCUAUCCUGCGACGGCACCGGGACUUCAGCACCAGCCCACGUCGGUGGUCAGUAGCACUUCCUCGGACGAGUUUUGCAAAGGGAAAAAUGAGGACAGGUACUCUUUGGGAAGCCUGGACAGUGGCAUGGGGACACCUCUCUGCAGGAUUUGCUUCCAAGGACCUGAACAGGGGGAGCUGCUGAGUCCUUGCCGCUGUGACGGAUCUGUACGUUGUUCGCACCAGCCCUGUCUUGUUCGGUGGAUCAGCGAGCGCGGAUCCUGGAGCUGUGAACUGUGUUAUUACAAGUACCACGUUAUUGCCAUAAGCACAAAAAACCCUCUUCAGGUAAAGUGGCAAGCCAUCUCCCUGACAGUAAUAGAGAAGGUGCAGAUCGCAGCGGCCAUCCUGGGCUCCCUCUUCCUCAUCGCCAGCAUCUCGUGGCUCAUCUGGUCCACUUUCAGCCCGUCCGCCAAGUGGCAGCGGCAGGACCUGCUCUUCCAGAUCUGCUACGGAAUGUACGGCUUCAUGGACAUCGUCUGUAUAGGAUUGAUCAUCCACGAAGGACCUUCUGUUUAUAGGAUAUUUAAACGAUGGCAGGCCGUCAACCAACAGUGGAAGGUUCUCAAUUACGACAAAUCAAAAGACUUGGAGGACCAGAAACUGGGGACGGGCCAGCGGCCCAGCCAACGCAAUUCUUCCCAAACCAAUAACUCAACCACCCCAGCUGGUACAGCCAAUAACUCCACCCCUGUCGAUAGUGGUAACCAUAGUAACGGCCAUGCGGGAACCCUGUCGGACCAUCACUGUGCGUACACCCUAUUUCACAUCCUCAGCCAUCUUAGACCGCACGAACACAGAAGCCACACUAACGCCAACAGAGAGUUUGUCAUGAGAGUCACCACAGUCUGAGGUUAAUCCGGAGGCCUUAUCUGGCAAAUGCGUGCCUUUCUUUCACAACAAGCAUACUAGGCCUCAGCUGGGCCUUCUCAAAGACAGAAGGCGACAAAGAGCUCGAGGAAGGUGAUGUGCUGGUCCGGUCCAGUCCCUGGUCCUUUUUUUUGUUCCUUUUAUAAGUGCAAUACUGACUGUAUCCUGAGCAGGGACACUCGAGCAUGACCAUUGCGCCCAUCCAGUCUCAAAAGGUCUCGCCGUCACCAAAUCCUCCAAAAAACAAAGGAAGAUCAAAAUGGCGGCCGUGCCACGUUGUUGGUUUCUGUUUUGCAGGCUCAGCAGUUCCACACAAGCACAAAGGGAAAUUUACGAAGUGUUUUCAUUAAAAAGAGACUUCAGGUUCUGA